CGGAGCAGCCACCCAGAGGGAGCUCGUCGAGAGCGGCGCAGAGACGGGGACGGGGACCCGCGCCAGGCGAGCCGGGGUGCUGCGCGGCCUUCCCGCCGACGCCCGGGACCGGCGGACCGAUGCGCAGAUUUCUACCUGGCAGAUUAACCAAUGAUAAGGACGACUAAUCUUUGUGUUCUGAGUACUGCUGCUGGCAAGACCCAUGACAGACUGUAGGCCCAAGUCCAUUGUGCUGCCAUACUCCUAGCCCACCCCAGACAUUGUCCUGGGGUCCAUCUGAGGUCAGCAGUGUGAAGAUGAACAGUACCUUCUUAGCAUGACGACCUUGGACCAUGUGAUCGCUACCCAUCAAUCAGAGUGGGUCUCUUUCAAUGAAGAGGCACUCUCCCCUGUCCCUUCAGAGGGGGGCGCUGAAGAGCACUUCCCAGGACUGUCAUCUUCUUCAGACCAGUCAGAGAGCUCCUCUGGGGAGAAUCAUGCAGCAGAUGGAGGCUCUCAAGAUCUUUCACACUCUGAGCAGGAUGACUCCUCUGAAAAGAUGGGCCUCAUCUCUGAAGCGGCCUCCUCUCCAGGGAGCCCUGUGCAGCCCGCACCUGACCUGGCCGCAGCCAUCAGCAACUGGGUUCAGUUUGAAGACGAUACUCCAUGGAGCAGCACCUUACCACCUCACAAGGAAACAGCCCUGACAUUGACCAUGCCCUGCUGGACAUGCCCUUCCUUUGACUCUAUGAGGAGAUGCCCCUUGACUUCUGAGAGCAGCUGGACCACCCAUUCUGAAGACACCAGCAGUCCUAGCAUGGGCCCUUCAUACACAGACCUGCAGCUCAGCAAUGCUAAGGAGCAGGCAAGCCGCAGGGCCUCGGGAGCUGACUCCACUGAUAAUUCCUCCUCCCUCCAGGAAGAUGAAGAAGUAGAGAUGGAGGCCAUCAGCUGGCAGGCCAGCAGUCCAGCCACGAAUGGGCACUCUGCUCCUCCAGUGACCACUGCUCAUUUCCCUAGCUGGGUCACAUUUGAUGACAAUGAAGUUAGCUGUCCUUUGCCACCAGUCACCUCUCCUCUAAAGCCAAAUACACCGUCCAUUGCAUCUGUGAUCCAAGAUGUACCUUAUAACUCAAGUGGGUCAUUUAAGAGGGACCGACCCAAGAGCACAUUGAUGAACUUUUCCAAAGCUCAAAAGCUGGACAUUUCCUCCUUAAACCGCCCGCCUUCCAUAACAGAGGCACCACCCUGGAGGGCCACCAAUCCUUUCCUGAAUGAGACUCUACAGAAUGUACAGCCCUCCCCUAUCAACCCUUUCAGUGCUUUCUUUGAGGAACAGGAACGGCGCUCCCAAAACAGUUCCAUCUCCAGUACUACAGGCAAAAGCCAAAGAGAUUCUCUCGUUGUCAUCUACCAGGAUGCUAUCAGUUUUGAUGACUCAGGCAAAAGCCAGUCCCAUUCUGAUGCUGUUGAGAAGCUCAAACAACUCCAUAUUGAUGAUCCUGACCACUUUGGCAGUGCUGCCUUGCCUGAUGAUGACCCAGUAGCCUGGGUUGAACUAGAUGCUCACUCACUUGCCUCAGCUCUGUCCCAGUCGAGGGAUGGGUGGCCAAUGAUGCUGAGGAUCCCUGAGAAGAAAAACAUCAUGUCCUCUAGGCACUGGGGACCAAUCUACAUCAAACUGACAGACAGUGGUUACCUGCAGCUGUAUUACGAGCAGGGCCUAGAAAAACCAUUCCGAGAGUUCAAGCUGGAGAUCUGCCAUGAGGUUUCAGAGCCCCGGCUCCAAAACUAUGAUGAGAAUGGGAGGAUCCACAGCUUGAGGAUAGACAGAGUCACCUACAAAGAGAAGAAGAAGUAUCAGCCCAAACCUGCUGUGGCCCACACAGCAGAGAGGGAACAGGUGAUCAAGCUGGGCACUACCAAUUACGAUGACUUCCUGAGCUUCAUUCGUGCGGUUCAGGACCGUCUCAUGGACCUGCCGGUGUUGUCCAUGGACUUGACCACAGUUGGCUUGAACUACCUUGAAGAGGAGAUUACGGUGGAUGUCAGAGAUGAAUUCUCUGGCACCGUAAGCAGAGGCGAUAACCAGAUCCUCCAGCACCAUGUCUUGACACGGAUCCACAUUCUGAGUUUCCUGUCUGGGCUUGCUGAGUGCCGCCUGGGCCUCAAUGACAUCCUCAUCAAAGGAAAUGAAAUAGUUUCUCGGCAGGAUAUCAUGCCCACCACCACCACAAAAUGGAUCAAGCUCCAUGAGUGCCGUUUCCAUGGGUGUGUAGAUGAGGAUGUGUUCAACAGCUCUCGCAUUAUUCUGUUCAACCCUUUGGACGCAUGUCGAUUUGAGCUGAUGCGGUUCAGAACAGUGUUUGCCGAAAAGAACUUACCCUUCACGCUCCGGACAGCGGCGAGCGUCAAUGGGGCGGAGGUGGAGGUGCAGAGCUGGCUGAGGAUGUCACCUGGCUUCUCCUCUAACCGUGACCCUCUCACUCAGGUUCCCUGUGAGAACGUAAUGGUUCGUUACCCAGUGCCCAGUGAGUGGGUGAAAAACUUCCGAAGGGAAAGUGUUCUGGGGGAAAAGUCUUUGAAAGCCAAAGUGAACCGGGGGGCAAGUUUUGGCUCAGCUAACAUCUCUGGCUCUGAGCCUGUCAUGAGAGUAACUCUGGGAACCGCAAAGUACGAGCAUGCCUUCAACUCCAUCGUGUGGAGGAUAAACCGACUGCCUGACAAGAACUCAGCUUCUGGUCACCCACAUUGUUUCUUUUGCCACCUUGAACUUGGCUCUGACCGGGAAGUGCCUUCCAGAUUUGCCAGUCACGUGAAUGUUGAGUUCAGCAUGCCCACAACUUCUGCCUCCAAAGCCACUGUGAGAUCCAUCUCUGUGGAAGACAAGACUGAUGUCAGGAAGUGGGUCAAUUAUUCCGCACACUACAGCUACAAGGUGGAAAUUGAACAAAAAAAGAGUUUGAAGCCAGACUUUGAGGGAGAUGACUUGGAAAAUCCCAAGGAAUGUGGGAUACAGUGACAGUGACCUACAGCAAGGAACGCUGACCAGUGAUGUCUUCCUGAAUAGCUGAAGUUUAAGACAACAUCUGCUGUGGUCACUCCCUGCCGGGGUCAGUCUAUCGGACUUUCCUGUGUGCAGUUACCUGUGUUUCACAGGAAACCCUGAGGGGGCCAUUUUGAAUAGGCUCCUGACUCUGCAUCUGGUGCCCUGGCUUCUGAAGCAUAUUGUAUAAUUGAGCCUCCUUGCCUGGUUUCUGCUUAUAUCACAGCUCUGGUAUGUGGUUUGUGGUGACCGUUAGAGACUGGAAGAGAACCUCCAACAUCAGUGUUGGCAGUUUCUUUCUGAUAGUCAUUUGUUAUUUGUGAGUUUCUGGACAAAGCAGUUCUGAGAAGUUAUGAAUUCAUUUCUAUUGCUUCUUCUACAGAAGAUUCAGAAAAGGUUCAAAACCAUUUCCUCUGUGGGUAUAGUAGACCUUUUGUAGAUGUCUCUACUCUUUAAAUGUUGGCCUUAUCAAACAGUUUUCCAUGUUUCCCUCCUAGUUCUAGAUUGUUCAGAUCAAAAUUUUUUUUCAACCUCUACUUUUCCAUUUGCUAACCUAAGUCACAAUACACAAUGAGAAAAGUCCCAAUCCAACUCUUCAAAUUCAGUGAUUCGACUUAAAUUCUAUAAAUGAAUUGGAUUGGAUUCAUAUUGUGUUGGAGGGUAAGCAAAAUUGAACUUAUUUUUCUUCAUUUGAAGGAAAAGGGCCAUUAAAUGUAAGAUUAUAUUCAGUUCAAGAGAUAGCUUCAAUUAUGGUGAAUUCCCAAAUUCUCAUUGAAAAACAGAACACUUCUAAUUCCUGAAACAAAAGAGUUUGUGUGUGUGUGUGUCCCACAUCAUUUGGGAGUUCUUUUUAUACCUCAUAGGCAAUAGACUGUUGCAUGUCCCUUUAACUCAAACUUCAUAGGAAAUUUAAGUUGAAAAGACAAAGGCUAAAUUGAAGGAGUUUUGUUUCAAAUUCAGAGUUUUAUCAUCACAGUAUUGUAAUAAAUCAAAAAGGCAGAAGACUCCAGGGUAGGGAUGGGAAAGCCAUAUUCCCCAGUAUUGUGAACAAGAAGUCCUGAUUCCAAGAGUCCGGACAAUCUCCUUUCCCUCAUUUGUUCCUGUGCUCCUCUGCUGAUACAUUUCUUGGUGUUUUCUUUCAUGAAGAAUAGAGAGGACAGAGUAAGUACUCUAUCAUAUAUUCAGAAGAUAUGGAAAUAGACAAGGUUGGAAUUUACAGAUUCAAGAUUAAAUUCUUCAGUUCAUAUUCAGUAAAAUCAAACUGUGUACUGACACUAGGUUUUAGAAAUCAUUGCAGUGUUUUGAGCUAUCUAAGCAUCAGACUGAAACUACAGGCAUAAAUGAGAAUGCCUGUAUUUGGAGCUUUUGAAAUGCGACCCUUAUCAGUACAGAGUUGAGUGUGUGUGCCUGUGUACUUAGAUGUGUUUAUUGAUGAGGGUACUGGGGAGACUCAGUUUUAUAGCAAUUCACAUAAAAAUGUUUUCUUAAGGAAAUGGGAGUUCAUUCUUGAACCAGGGAUAUAUCAUGGCUAUUCACAAAGCUAAUGCAUUCUAUCUGUGGUAAUAGAUAUUUAAACAGCUCUACAUGGUAUAUUAGCCAGGACUCAUCUGGAUGGAGGAUUAGGUUCAAUUAUAGCUACUGUAUUUUAUGAGAGACGUUAACAAGUUGACUCUGUCCAUAGGCAGGUAACAAGGUUUGUGAAGAUUCUAUAAAGAACAGGGGAACAGCUCUCAUGCAGAACAGAAGGUAGAGCUAGGAAGGGAGUACAGAGAAGUUUGUAAUGAUAUAAUAGCUGUCUCAGAGUUUCUGUUGAGCUAUAAAAAGGAAGGGGAGUAAGAUUUAUUUUGCAUAAUUUCAAAGGCAAAAAUAGGAACAAAGAACUUUACAGAUGGCAGGUGCUUGAGAAUUUUCUCAUAGGAGUUGUUCCAAAGACAAGUAAACUAAGGCCAGCCUGGUCUACAUAGUGAGUUCCAGGACAGUUGGGAUGACAGGAAGACCCUGUCUCAAAAAGACAAAAAAAGAUUUCCUGCUGCAGCAAAUGCCCAGAGGUUCAGAUCCACCCAUCCCAGGUACUGUGAGAGGAAAUGUCACGUUGGAUUUGGGAUAGACACUGAGGAAAAUCUUUUCUAUAUAGUCUCAGAAGGAAUGAGGCUCCCUAACUCCAUUUUUUUCCUUUGUGUUUUUAUGCUGUUAGAAUACUGUGAGGUCCCCUACAGGACUUUGUCAAGCAAUUUCAAAGCAUGUCCUUUCCACCAUUCCACUGAAGCCCUUAAGAUUCCCCAGAGGAUGUGCAGUGGGUUGGAGAGUGGGCAAGAUAAAUGGAAGUCAUCCCAGCACCUUCCUCCCAAGCUCAGCACUGGGUCAAAUAUCUGCCUCUCCUGCUAGCAUCACAUGCACAGUGUCUGCUUUGCCUUCUCCCUCCCACCCCCUUGACUAAGAUCUCUGCUUUGGUACUUUUACCAGACUCAUUGAGGUUUUGUUGUUCAUUUAACCAAAAGUUGAGGAAAUCCUUUCUGUGCUAUCUACAGUCUAGAAAGCAAAUGAUUACUAGUUUUAAAAACCUACAGCCUUGGUCCCAUUAAAUUAUUUUGUCUCCUCUACUGUGUUUAGGGAACUAUGGAAAACAUGUAGGGAGCUGAGGCACAAUAUAUUUUAGUACUUACAAAGUUAUGUAAGAAAUACAGUUGUGGGGCUGGAGAGAUGGCUCAGCAGUUAGAGCACUGGUUGCUGCUCUUGAAGAGAACUGAGGUUCUGCUCCCAGCACCCACAUGGUGGAUAACAGCUGUCUAUAACUCUAGGUCCAGGAGAUCCAGCCCUGUUUUGGCCUCCGCAGGCAUCAGGCAACAUGGGUGCACUUAUAUACAUGCAGGUAAAACACUCAGACACAAAAAGGCAAAUUACCUUUUUGAUAUGCAGGCUCUAUAUUUGCUACCUUGAACCUUGGUUUUCACGUUUCUUAUGGUUACAAAAAAUUCCUAGUCUGUGUUACCAGUACCGUAGUAACGUGAGACUAUGAAAGGUGGAUUGGCUUUACCGAUCAAAUUAGAGCAUAAAUUAGAUGUCACAUAAUAUCAAGAACUAUGUUUUGAGUCUAGGGCUUGCUUUUCUACUUAACAGGGCAAGAAGCCCAAAAAAGAAAUGUGUUCAUUAUAAUAUGUCAAACAAGAGGUCUGGGGAUGUAGCUCAGUGAUAGAACACUUCUCUAGAGUGUGUGAGGUCCUGGGUUCAACUCUCAGUAUUACAAAACAAGCAAUGAGGGAGGGAGGGAAAGAGCUUUCUUGUAGAUACAGUACUAGUUAUUCCUUUUAAGUCUGCACUUUCUUCUUAUUAAAUAUUAGCUGGACAAUUUUACUGGUUUUUUUCUUUUCUUUUUCUAUUUCUCUCUUCCUCUACUGUCUACCUUCCUGCAUGACUAUCAGGUCUUAUAAUCCUCAGACCAUUUAUUAAUUUGAAAUAAGACUAAUAGUUCUGUUCAGCUGCAUGGUGGGACCGCGAACAGGAGUUUAUCUCCCUAAAAGUUCAUACUCCUGGGAAAUAUGAUACAUGAAGACCAGGAACCUAUCCUUUGUGUUUCCCAUGCCCAACAAAAGCGUGAACGACAGUAGCAUUCAGUCCCCUUGAAAUCCUGAUUUGUGGGGCCAAACAUAUUCAUAAAAUAAAUGGAAGUUAUUGAGUAACCGAUAAAUGUUUUUUGAAAGAAACCCAACCCUGAGACUACUUAUCCCCUACUUCGCAUCAAAUAGUCCUCUUACAACUAGCAAGCAGCUUUUAUUUUCUGGAGGAUUUACGUAAUUUUGCUCUCUUUUUAUUCCUGCCUCCAGAAUCAAUGAGCAAGUGUCAGCACUUAAGCACUUAAUGUGCCGUGACUCUGAACUGCAGCGUUCCUUACUCAUAUUGACGAACAAUAUUGGGUUCAGAGGUGCAGGAACACAGAUGCUGUCUACAGUCAGGUUAUUGAUUCAGCUUUAUUGCUGCCAAUCAAACAGAUCCAUGAGCCUCCGUCUUGCCCAUUAGAAUGGCUAGCGGGAGAGGCAGGCAUCUGAUAAAGCGCACAGCCAGUCCUGGAGUGCCAGGUCUUUGUUCUCCCAACAUUAACCGCUGGCCAGUACUACUGUGCAUUUGUCAUAUCACCAUGUGAGAUGGAGGAAGGUGGAGGUUCAGCAGCUGAAAUCGUGAUUUCAAAGUUGAUUUGUAUUUUAUAGUAAGUUUAGGGAUGGAAAAAAUGAGAUUGAGCUGGGGUUUUGGUGAGUUUGCUUGCUUGCUUGCUUGCUUGAGAUAGGGAUCUCACUGUGUAGUCCUGGCUGGCCUCAGACUCACAGAGAUCCACCUGCCUCUACCUCUCAAGUGCUGGGAUCAAAGACGUGCACCAUCAUGCCUGUCUCUCCCCCUCCCCCCUGAAGAGCCUUGGGAAUUAAUGGUUGCAAGUAGAAAGCACUGCCAUCUGACCUACUUUUAUAAAUUCCCCCAGUGGGAAAUGGUAAUUUUAACUCUUCUAAGAACAAUCAUUGUAAGUUAAUCCUAGCAUAUCUAGAGUUGAGGUUAUGGUAAGAAUGGAAUUUGACAGAGAAUUCAAACAAAACUAACAAAAAAAAUUUUAAACAUACUAUUUAGUAAAUUAUUCUUAGCACUUCUCUGACAAAUCCCUUCCAAACCAUGACAACAUUUUAUAUAAAAUUAGUGAUCGUAUUCUCACUAUAUUUCUAAAACAUUUUCUAAAAAUUGUCAGUGUCAUAUCAAUUCCCUACAAAUCACCAUGUUUAAAAUUAUGUUCUUUGUAAAUGAGAUUGGCUUUGGAUAUUAUCACUCGUGGUUACAUAUUAAAGGUAAUCUUAAGUAUAGAGACAAAUGCAUGUAUUAGUAUUAUUUUCUCAUGAUUAGCUGAAGAAAGAACAUGGAAAUUACAUAUUUCUUCUACUGUGCCUUAAAUUCACCUAUGGAAAUCUAGUCCUUUGCUUUAAGAAUUGAAAAGGAAAAAUUGUAUCACUGAUCUUGCAAUUCCAAGCCCAUAAUGGUAGAAGUUUUCAAUAGUAAUAUUUUCUGCAGUACCUGGAAAGAUGAAAAUAAUAACUGGAUGUAAUUAAAAAGCUAUGAAAGAAUAUACUAAAGGAAAUAAAAUUUCAGUAUAAAUUUCUAUAGCUAGAAAUUACAGCAUUGGCCACUAAGCAUCAAAAUAACAUGAAUGACGGGGCCAUCUCAAGUCCAAAAGUAAGAUGCCAUGGGAGAAAGAAGAGUUCUUAGUAGGGAGAAACAACAGAAUCAUUCAACUCAGCAAGUGUUGUCUCAAGUGUCUCCUCCAGAUAGAGUGCUGUGUCAGCUUCCCUGAAGGGAACAGAGGCCCCACAUUAGGAUGCUGGAGAAUUGUUUACAUUAUUGGUGGACACGCCAUAAUGGUUUCAUGAAAGGAAAUGUGGGGAUUUCUGUGAGUCUCUAAAGGACAUAAGCAUGGACAAUCAUUAUGUUAACUGACUUGUUAUUUCCACAUCAGACAUCGGUUUCCAGAGAUCAAAAAGAGAGAGCUGAGCUGUUUCUUCAGAUUCUUUCCAGCUGUAGUUUUACGGGUUGUUUCACAAAAUAUCCUUUCUUACCACGUUGAAUUGAUAUGCUAUGUCAGUGUGACUCUUCAUACAUCCUUAGGAACCUGGAAGUUUAAGUUUAGAAGGUUGGGAAAGCCAGCUAGUUUACAUUUUUCCUACUCAUGUGUCUACCCUUCUGCAUCCACCCACUUGGCAGAAAUGCCAAAACCCUGCAAUCCUCAAUUUUGCAAAUGUCUUCAAAGAGGAUGGUGAGGAUCAGCUGGUUUUCUGUUGCUCCAAAAGUUCUGCUGGAGUCACCCAGUGAAACUGUGUUGUGAGUGUGGAAAACAGACAGGUCUCCCCGAUAGCUACUAGGAUGUGAGUACCCCAUAAAACAUAAGUAGGUCUAACCUUCCAAGUUACUGAGGACAUUAGGAUGUUAGAUGCUAGGAUGAUAAAUGACUUAGGAUACAUCCUUUUAUAUUAAAGACUGUGGGAAAGGCAGGUGUGGUGGCUCACACCUUUAAUCCCAGCAAUUGGGAGUCAGAGGCAGAUGGAUCUCUGUGAGUUCAAGGCCAGCCUGGUCUACAUAGUGAGUUCCAGGCCAGCUGGGGCUACAGAGAGAUCCUGUCUCAAAAAGAAGAAGAAUAAAAAAGACUAUGGGAAGUGAGGGAGGGGAAAAACAGAAGCUAUUCUGGAACUGUGUGUAAGUUAUGACAAAACCAGACAAGAGACCAGGAUAAAUAUGUCCCCAAUCAUAAACACAUAGUGCAAAAAAAACUUUUAAGUAUAGACAGCUACAGAGUAGGUCUCUUGUAUGAUGUGUUUGAAUAUGGUUUUAGUUUCUUUUCUGGCUGUCCUUAGCUAAAAGGAUCAGUUCCAGUUGGUCAGAAGGAAUUCCAGCAUGUUCUCCCUGUUCACACCCAUGUUCUGCCUCAGUUGAAACCCUCGGUUCUCACUGUGGACACCAGUCACACUGUAACUGAAGCCUAAGUGCUACCACUGCUCUCCCCCACCUGCUUGAGGACGAGUAACCCAGGUGAGACUCUCCAGGGUUGGUUCUGCGAAGGCAGAUGCUCACUCAGCUCCCAACAGCAGCACAGCCUGUUGUAUUUAAGGGUUGGUUUUCAAGAAUAGGGGUGAGAGAACAGAAUGAUGGACAUUCCUCUCACACUCAGCCAGCAUUCAUUUAUCUUUGUAUGUUCACUUGCCAACAGCAUCUGGAGAAAACUUUGUCAUAUUCAGGGGAUUAAGCAGGAUCAAUGCUUUAGACAAGGAGGGACCGAGGCAUGCACCUCCUCACCCUCCAUUUCUGUAGUGUCCAUAGUGAAUUUCAGUGUAUCAGGAUGGAUGAACCCAGAGUCCCUCGAAUGGCUCAGCUGAUCUGAAGCUUGUAUUUUCCUUCAUCAUCCAUCCUCCCUCAGUGUAACUUCUUGCACUAUUGUGGUUAAUGUUAUGUAAAAUCAGUUUACUUUUUAAAAAAUGUGCCUAUGUAAUAAAGUCUACACACUGGUUAUCUCUGUAGAGGUGAUGAUGUUCUGUUUCAGUUGUUCUGCUGAAUAAUCUGUAAUAUCUUUUUUGAGCUAUGAAAAAGAACUAUUAAUAAAAUUUUUUAAACAAA